GCAACGAGACGAGCCGAGACCCGAACCCGCUGACGCCACCCCUCUUCUUCUUUGGCUGGCCCGCCCCCCUCCCUCUCCCCCUCUCUCUUCCCCUCCACGCUCCGCCCCCCGCGUCUCCGGCGAGAGCUCAGGCCGCGGCCCCGUCGACCCGCGCACCUUCUCCGGGAGAGCGCCUCCUCCACGGGAACAGCGGCCUCGCGGAAGCUCCCUUCUCCGCUCCUUCCAAGGUCUGCGGCGUCGGAUUGGCCUUCAGCUCGAAGAUCUCGAUUUUGUUUCCAAACAAGGAAGGGCUCCUGGUCACAAAUCUCGAUCUGUGGAUUGGUGGGCAGAAAGGCUCACCUUUUAUGGGGCAACCCCGUGAGAAACCCGUGCCAUGACUGGGGCGUCAGGGGAGGAGAGGCAGUAGGAGGAGGAGGUACAGCAGGAGGCAGGAGAAGAAGAGCAGGCAAGGAUAGGAAGGACCAAGGAAAAGGAGAGGAGGGAGCUCUCCAUGGGAGGAGAGCCCCUCCUCACCUCCCUCUCCAUGGAGAACAGCAACAGCCAUCCCUGCACCCUCCUCUCCAUGGACCCCGCGGGGUCGCACCCGGCCUCGGCCGACUCCUCCGGCGGCGGGGGCGGCGUUAACGGGGUUGGCGCCAGUGCUGACAGGGAACUCUUCAUCAUUCCGCGGCACGAGUCUGUGCGUCAAGGCCCGCCGGACAUUAACGUCCCGCUGUCAGCAGACCCCUCCCCGCCGCCUGUGUUGUGGAGCCUUGACACAUUUGACAUUUUCGAUGUCGGCCUUGGCACGCACACUCAUGAGUCUGAGGUUGCGCUGACACUUCCAAAGGCGACUGGCAACGGCAGUGCCGCGGUCGGCGUUGGCGCGAGGAAGUGCGCUAAGAGGGGUGACAGCAUUUGGGGAGCUUGGUUCUUCUUCAAUCACUACUUCAGGCCUGCACUUGUGGAGAAGGCAAAGGAGAAGGUGACGCGGGACGCAUCUGGGAGCAUCUCCGGCUUUGACAAGUCCGAUCUCCGCCUUGAUGUCUUCCUGGUGCAGCAUGACAUGGAGAACUUGUACAUGUGGGUUUUUAAGGAACGGCCUGACAAUGCCCUUGGGAAGAUGCAGCUCCGGAGUUUCAUGAAUGGGCAUUCCAAGCACGGGGAGCCAUCUUUUCCCUUCAGUGCGGACAAGGGCUUUUCAAGGUCGCACCGCAUGCAGCGAAAGCACUACCGUGGUCUGUCCAACCCACAGUGCCUUCAUGGCAUUGAGAUUGUGAAUUCACCAAACUUGACAGCAGUUCCUGAGGCUGACAUGAAGAGGUGGGCUGAACUUACAGGAAGGGAGCUUAAUUUCUCAAUACCAUCUGAAGCCAGUGACUUUGAGUCAUGGAGGAAUCUUCCAAGCACUGAUUUUGAGCUUGAUAGGCCACAGCCAGCAGCAUCAAAGAGUGUCGCACAUACCUCUCAUAAUAAUAAUAAUCACAAGAAGGCACUGAAUGGUUCAGGUCUGAACCUAUCUACACCGCCGUCAUCAGAUGAUGGGAUGGACCUUUCACCAAAGUGCCACAAACGUCGCAAGGACUUCUUUGGUCAUGGCGUAGAAGAGGAUUGUGUGAUGGCCAAUAAUUCCUGUUCCGACAGAGAGCAAGAGGUAGAAGUACACACCGGUGAGCCGUCGUGGAUGCACGACUUCACUGGCGUGGCAAAGCACGCAAGUGGGCCUGUUACUGCUGCCAAGACGAUAUACGAGGAUGAUGAAGGCUACCUGAUCAUGGUGAGCAUGCUCUUAUCCGAUCCACACAGCGUGAAGGUCACCUGGAGGAACACAUUGACGCACGGCGUCGUGAAGAUAACAUGUGUGAGCACCGCCCGCAUGCCCUUCGUCAAGAGGCACGACAGGACCUUCAAGCUGACCGACCCUUCCCCUGAGCACUGCCCUCCCGGUGAGUUCGUGAGGGAAAUACCUCUGGCCACAAGGAUUCCAGAGAACGCAAGGAUCGAGGCGUAUUACGACGAGACCGGUACUGGGCUGGAGAUCAUGGUCCCGAAGCACCGUGUCGGGCCGGAGGAGCAUGAAGUUCAGGUUUGCAUGAGGCCCCCGCAUCUUGGCGACAAUGAUCUCAUUUUAUCAUAAUAGAACAGGAAAGAAAGCAAUUUAGCUUCUUACUAGGUCAUCCGGUGUCAUGCCAUGAGACACCGGAACAUAGCAGCAAAGCUAUCAUCAUGUCCAACUUAUUUGUCUCCCUUAGGCGGAAAAUUACCUCCUCCCCUGUUAAUUCCCCUCUGUACUUUCUUUCUACACAGGUGUUACAUCACUACAUUGGUGGUGAUCCCCUUGACUAUUCCUUUCUGUGAAACAUGGCAAAGCUAAUAGUAGUAUAUAUUCUGUCCCUGUA